GUAUCGCAAAAUUGGUACAGCGUUCCCGGUGCAGCAAGUAUGCCGCAGCAGCCGCAGCAGCCAUCAUUAGUAGCAGUGCCACCAAAUCUACAAAGUGCAAUGCCCUCAGCAUACCAGAAUCCAGCGCCAUCGCAGAAUUUUGUUGAAGGGUCAUCGCACCAAGCAGCUUCAUCGCACCAAGCAGCGUCAUCGCACCAAGCAACGUCAUCGCACCAAGCAGCGUCAUCGGACCAAAUGAUGCAACUGAUCAUUUUAAUGCAGAAACAGAUAAGCCAACUCACAUUAAUGCAAAAUAAUUCGGCAGUUGCCAAGCCCCCAGAAAAUGUAUUAACUUCCGCACCUUUUGCAGAGCAAAUACUCGAUUCUUUAUCGCACCACAUAAAGGAGUUCCACUACGAGGAGGAAGCAAAAAUGACCUUUGCUUCGUGGUUUGCUCGAUAUGAGGAUUUGUUUGAACGAGAUGCUUCAAGGUUGGAUGAUAGCGCAAAAGUGCGGCUCCUCAUAAGAAAACUGGGUGCAGCAGAAUAUGAAAGAUAUGCCAAUUUCAUAUUGCCAAAGAGUUGUCGUGAUUUUUCGUUCAGCGAAACGAUAAAAAAGCUGUCUUCGUUAUUCGGAGUGAAAGAGUCGUUGUUGCAUAAGCGUUAUAAAUGCUUGAACCUAAUGAAACGACGUAGCGAAGAUUAUCUGGCAUAUUCUUGACGUGUGAAUCGAGCCUGUGCAGAUUUUGAAAUUGGAAAAUUAACUGAGGAACAAUUCAAGUGUCUGAUAUACGUAUGCGGACUGCGGGACGAAGGAGACGUCGAUAUUCGAACACGUCUACUUGGAAAGAUCGACGACCGAAACGACACAACACUGGAAAGUUUAACAGCAGACUGCCAGCGUAUUUUGAAUUUAAAAAAAGACAGUGUUAUGAUCGAAAAAGCAGCAACCGAACAAGUUUUCGCUGUGCAAAAGAAAACUGACGAACCAAAGUUUUCUGAGCGCCAAAAUUUCCAGAGCAGAAAGCACGAAUAUAAGCGUCCUCAAACCCUACCUGGAAGAAAUUGCUGGCUUUGUGGAAAAAAUCAUUGGGCGCGUGAUUGUCCUUUUAAGUCGAAUGUGUGUCGUGUCUGUAAGAAAAAGGGUCAUAGAGACGGUUACUGUCCAAUACCGAAACGUUAUUCAGAUAGUCCAACAUACAGAAACAAGUUUUCAACACGAGUGGUUUCGGUGAAUACAACGAAUAUUCAGCAAAGGCGAAAAUAUAUCAAUAUUUUUAUAAAUAAUGUAAGCACUCGAUUGCAGUUCGACACAGGAUCUGAUAUAACGAUCAUUAAUCGAAACGUAUGGCAACGUCUUGGAAAGCCUGAACUAAAACGAACAGUUAGCGCAAGAACAGCAUCAGGAAGCGGACUCUUUCUGUUAGGAGAGUUUGAAGCGAAUGUUACCAUUGGAAGCGUAACUCAUGUGGCUUCUUUAAGAGUAGCACAGGCAGACAUACUAUUGCUCGGAACAAACUUAAUAGACCUGUUCGCACUUGCUUCUACCCCCAUGGAUGCUUUUUGUAGGCAUAUUUCAUCUGAGGAUUACUCUAAGACGGUUGAGCGGAGAUUUCAAGAGGUCUUCAACGGCAUGGGUCUGUGCACAAAGGCUAGUGUAAAACUGCAGCUGAAGGAAAACGUUCGUCCAGUAUUUUGCCCAAAGCGACCGGUAGCUUAUGCAGUACAGGAGUUAGUCGACAAGGAACUCGAUCGACUAGAGCAGAUGAGCAUAAUAUCUCCAACGGAUUACUCUGAAUGGGCAGCACCUAUCGUCGUCGUCCGCAAGGCAAACGGCAGCAUUCGGCUUUGCGGGGACUACUCAACUGGACUAAAUGACGCGUUGCAGCAACAUGAGUAUCCUUUAUCAUUACCUGAAGAUAUCUUCGCUAGACUAUCGCAAUGCAAAAUAUUUAGCAAAAUUGAUCUAUCCGAUGCUUUCUUACAGGUAGAAAUCGACCCUGCCUACCGAUCUUUACUCACCAUCAAUACGCAUCGAGGUUUAUUCACCUACAAUAGAUUGCCGCCUGGUAUUAAGAUUGCUCCAGCAGCGUUCCAGCAGCUUAUCGACACAAUGCUGGCUGGUGUAAAAGGUGUGUCAUGUUACAUGGACGACAUCAUUGUCGGAGGAGCCACGGAACAAGAGCAUGAAGCGAAUUUAAUGGCAGUUUUGAAAAGAAUUCAAGAGUAUGGAUUCAGCAUUCGAUCGGAAAAAUGCGCUUUUAAGGUUCAGCAACUAAGAUAUUUGGGUUACAUCAUCGACACCCACGGAUUGCGCCCCGAUCCAGCGAAGAUCGAUGUCAUAAAAAGGCUUUCAGAACCAACAGAUGUGAGCGGCGUCCGAUCCUUUCUAGGAGCCAUAAAUUAUUAUGCCAGAUUUGUCCCAAACAUGAGAGAGUUGCGAUAUCCACUGGAUAACUUAUUGAAGACAAAUGCACAGUUUCGAUGGACCGCCGAUUGUAAAAGAGCGUUUGAAAGAUUUAAAUCCUUGCUAUCAUCGAACUUGUUGUUAACGCAUUAUGAUCCAAGGCACAAUAUAAUAGUAUCGGCAGAUGCAUCAUCAAUAGGUAUUGGUGCCACUAUUAGCCACAUGUUUCCCAAUGGUACCAUAAGUGUGGUUCAACACGCCUCUAGAGCACUUACAAAAACAGAAGAAGGAUAUAGUCAAAUAGAUCGUGAAGGACUGGCAAUCAUCUUCGCGGUAACGAAAUUCCUCAAGAUGAUAUUUGGAAGGCGUUUCCAGCUUCAGACAGAUCAUCGUCCACUACUGCGGAUCUUUGGAUCGAAAAAAGGGAUCCCAGUCUACACUGCCAACCGCUUGCAGCGUUUUGCGCUCACGCUAUUGUCAUACGAUUUCGGCAUUGAAUAUGUACGCACCGAAUCAUUCUGAAAUGCCGGUGUACUCUCCAGGCUAAUUAACAAGCAUGAUAAACCGGAUGAGGAUUGUGUAAUCGCUUCUGUUGCACUAGAGAUGGAUGUAAAGUCUAUUGCAACAAGCGCUUUAGUUACGUUUCCCUUGAGUUUUAGAGAGGUCGCUCGAGAAACGAAUCGUGAUCCUAUAGCAAGGAAGUUGCAUUACUACAUAAAAAACGGGUGGCCACGUAACAUUGCCCUUGGCGCAGAUUCAUCUCGUUAUCACAGCAGGAAGGAAGACUAUUCAACGGUGGAAGGAUGUAUUUUGGUCGGAGAGAGAGUGUUAAUACCAGAGAAACUACGCAAGCAAUGUCUGUCCCAGCUUCAUCGAGGACAUCCUGGUAUCCAGCGCAUGAAGGCGAUUGCGCGUAGCUAUGUGUUUUGGCCAUCGUUAAAUGAAGACAUCAUUGAUCUCGUCAGUAAUUGCCAUUCAUGUGCUCUGGCAGCAAAAUCUCCUGCUCAUGCUGAUCCUUUGCCGUGGCCGAAGACAACAACGCCAUGGGAGCGUGUCCAUGUGGACUACGCGGGCCCAAUAGAUGGAGACUAUUUUUUGGUAGUAGUCGAUGCGCAUACUAAAUGGCCAGAGAUCAUCCGGACGGCUAGUAUCACAGCCCGCAUAACCGUUAGCAUCUUGAGAGGGUUGUUCGCGCGUUUCGGUAUGCCCACGACACUGGUGAGCGACAAUGGCACACAAUUCACCAGCGGUGAGUUUUCAGAGUUCUGUUUGAGUAAUGGUGUGUAUCACAUUACGUCUGCCCCGUUUCAUCCGCAAUCGAACGGGCAGGCAGAAAGAUUCGUAGAUACGUUUAAGCGCUCGUUAACCAAGAUAAGAGUAGGAGGAGCACCGCUGCAGGAAGCACUGGACCUCUUCCUACAGACAUAUCGAACCACGCCAAACCCUCAGUUAGAGCAAAACAAAACACCUGCUGAAGUUAUGUUUGGACGACCUAUACGAACGUGUUUUGAUUUACUCCGUCCCCCAAGGAAAAUUCAACACGAUUUUAGAGAAGGGAAUGAAAGAUCGUUCGAGCGUGAUGACCUUGUCUAUGCUAAGGCGUAUAGUAGGAACAAUUGGCAUUGGGUUCCAGGAAGAGUGAUUCGGAAACGUGGAAAUGUUACCUACGAGGUACUGACUGGUCAUCGCAGCGUCAUUAGACACAUUAAUCAACUGAAAAGGCGUGGACAAUUAAACAGCCAGGGUCCCAUGACGGAACGUUUCAAUCCAUUACCGUUGGAUGUAUUAUUGGAUUCCUGGAGCAUACCCGUUACACCAUCAGUGCUCCCAGAUGUUUAUCCAACACAACUUGCACCGCCAGUUGCGACUCCAACUGAGCCGCCAUCUCUUCCCCCACAUCGAUCCCUUCCUCAGCAUCAACGUUCAUCACGUCGCUCUUCUCGGUCUAGAAGAGCUCCACGUCGGUUCGAUCCGUACCUACGCUAUUAAAAAGGGGGAGAUGUUGUGGUCACGAAAUGGAAGGCUCCCUCCAUUCGGCGUUAAGGACGUAUGCAGCCACUGAGUGACUGAUGAGCGGUCAGCAGACGAGAGAGCGCCAGACGCUCGUGGGACACCGUUGGGAACACAAGGGCUGAUCGUGUAAUAAAGUAUUGUGUAUUGUUUAUUACGUGUUCGGUGUAAAUAUAAAUUGUAUACUCUCGGCCAUCCGAACACAACACUUGCUUUAUCAUCUCGUCCCUUUAUAGUGAUGGUCAUUCAUCCAGUUCCCUGUUCCAUGUUGUAAUCCCAUCCGGAUUGAUCUAAUCCGAUCUUCUUUGCACCGCUAAUCUUUGUCAUCAUGUUGUGGUGAUGGGUAGCUACAGUUGCCGUACCACACCUGCAAAAAAGGAUAAAAAAUGUGGUGUUUGGCAGCCCUGCACUUUAAUCAGUGACGUGCAGGUUCAGACAGCUCCGACAACGUCAAUCUGUCAAAGCGACAAACCGCAUGAAGGUGAAAUAAACGGGCAUUAGACAGAAGACAACCAAACGGUGUGGUCAUCAUUUCUAUAUCACAAGCUAUUUCGGCGUUUGAUACAAAAUGGUGGAAUCUGCAGAAAUUCGCUUUGUGGAUGUCGUAAAGCCCUUUACAGGCGAUGGUGAUAUCGUCGGUUGGCUGGAUCGCUUUGAUAGGGCUGCAGAAUUGCGCAAAGUGAAAAAUGUUGCAGAACUGUUGCCGCUGUUUUUAGAUGGCGGAGCAGCCCUGGUGUACGAUCGCUUGAGCGAUGAGAAGAAGAAAGAUUCAGAGGCAAUAAAGGUGGCGCUCAGAAAAGCCUUUGGUCCGGAUCCGGCUGAAUCUUACGCAUCGUUCAUUGGCGCACAGUGGGCUGGCGAACCACCCGAACAGUAUCAUCAAAAGUUAUGCCGUUUAAUGAAAGACGCAGGCAUCAAAGGCGACGAGGUGUUACGUGCACAAUACUGCCACGGGUUGCCCUUGUCGGUCAGAAGCGCGCUGCAUGCGAUGACAGAAAAUUUGACCGACACCGAGAAGCUUCUAGAUGCGACGCGAUCUCUUCUCCGCGAGUACGGGAAGCGGCAAGCAGAUGAAAGAGUGCGCGUGAACGACAACAUGGCGGCAGCAGCUAUUGUUAACCGGCGGUAUACAGGGCAACAACAAGGAGAAACAAUGCAGGUAUGCCCGCGAUGCGGGGGACAGCAUUCGGCAAAAAAGUGUAAAACUCCAAAGCAACCACCUCUAUGCUGGACGUGUGGGCAGGUAGGGCAUUUUCGGCGUAAUUGCCCUGCGGGAAACGGACAAGGGAGUUCUACGGCGCCAGCGGAUCUCCCACGACAUGCUUAGAGGCGCUGCCUAUUGUUCGAGUUGUCGUAAACGGUGUACAGGCGCGGGCCCUUAUCGACACUGGCUGUGGAAAAUCGAUCAUCUCGCCCCGGUUCUCCACAUCUACGGCGUUUGGACCGCUCGCAACGAUAGUAACAAUUAAUGGAGACAGGGUUUCUUGCCAAGGUUAUGAACGUGUACUGGUCGAAUGUUCUGGAAUGUCAGCCCGCAUCGAGUGUCUUGUUUUGGACAAGCUGGUCGAUGGCGUUGAUGUAGUGCUUGGAAUGGACGCGAUAGAAUUGUUCGGUGGCGUAAUGAUUACGAGCACCGAAAUUUUUCUGGGAACCACUACUGCGAUCCGGCGACAAAGUUGUGCGCUAACCUCGAAGCCAUCGUGUGGUGCAGCAUGUGGAGCGGUGCCAACAGCAGUGACAAUAGAGGAUAGAGAUUUUGAGGCGAGCUUUGACGGGAAGGAGUGGACUGCACGGUGGAAAUGGAAAAAAGACCCUGCGGUGCUGAGAAACACUACCGCUAGUUACGGCAGCGUUGAUGAUCCUGUAAAGAAAGAUCGGUUCGAUGAAGAGGUUCAAACAUGGAUUGAGAAUGGUUGGCUGCGACCAUGGAAGUCACAGGUAUACGGUAGGCUGCCACUCAUGGCGGUAGAACAACCGAAUAAGAACAAGAUUAGACCGGUUCUUGACUAUCGUGAGCUUAACAGCUUUGUUCAAUCGAACCCUGGAUUGGAUGCUCCUGCUUGCGAUGAAACGAUUCGAAGGUGGCGGAGAAUGAAGGGACCCUUAAAGUUGGUGGACCUGCGAUCUGCCUAUCUUCAGGUACGGAUCGAUCCUAGCCUCUGGGACUUUCAACAGGUAUGUUUCAAAAACCGAUCUUAUUGCUUAACACGCUUGGGCUUUGGGUUGAGUAGCGCACCAAAAAUCAUGAGUAAAAUAGUUGAAUACGUACUAUCUCAAAAUGAUAAAAUCAGACGAGGUACUGGUAGCUACAUUGACGAUAUUAUUGUGGAUGAAAGUGUGGUCUCAGCAGGCGAAGUUGUCAACCACCUGAAGCGAUAUGGGCUAGAAGCGAAGCCACCAGUACAUUUGCAUGGAGGGCGAGUUCUUGGGCUAGAACUUAGCGAGAACGAAAGGCAAGUGUUGUUUCGUCGAGGGAAUGAUCUGCCGACUUUCCCUGAUCACGAGUUGACGAGGAGGGAAUUUUUCUCUGUGUGUGGACGCCUGGUGGGACACUACCCAGUGGCUAAUUGGUUGCGCGUCGCGUGCAGCUACUCGAAAAGGCAUUGUCAGGGGCAGCGAUGGGAUGAUGGUGUUGGAGAAAAGGCAAUGAUGAUCCUCCGGGAAAUAUUAGAAAGAGUGCAACGCGAUGAUCCGGUUAGAGGUUGUUGGAUGGUGCCACCAGAUGCUGCGGAAGGCAUUGUUUGGUGUGACGCUAGCUCUGUAGCAUACGGUGUAGUCUUGGAAAUUGGUGGCGAGAUAGUAGAAGACGCAGCGUGGUUGCGAAAAGAAGCAGAUGCUGGCCAUAUUAACAUUGCGGAGCUAGACGCGGUGAUGAGAGGAAUCAACCUUGCACUGAAAUGGGGCUUGAGUAAGCUGAAAGUGAUGUGUGAUUCGGCUACUGUGGUUAGCUGGCUUCGAUCGGCCUGUGAUUUGGGACCAAGAGCCAAGGUGCUUCAGAGAUGUUGAUCAGAAGACGUUUGGGCACAAUACGAGAACUCAUGAACGAAUAUGCACUGGAGUUGAACGUGAUUUUUGUUCAGUCUGAAAAGAACAAAGCAGAUGCCUUGACGCGAGUGAAAAAAUCAUGGCUCACUAAACCGAUCACACGUGAGUUACACGUGGCGUGCGCAGCAAACGUGAAGAGGUUGCAUGAACAGCAUCAUUUUGGCGUAGAUCGUUCACUCUAUCUGGCAAGACUGGUAGAUCCAACAAUAAAUAGAAAUGAAAUAUCGCAGUGCGUACGCGAAUGCAUACAGUGUCAAUCUAUCGACCCAGCACCGACCACACACGAGCAAGGUGAUCUCGAAGUAAAAAGAAUAUGGCAACGAUUAGCUGUAGACGUAACUCACUUUGAAUCAAGUAAAUAUCUUACAAUAGUAGAUUGUGGACCAGGACGAUUUGCGAUAUGGCGCGAGAUAAAAACAGAGAGUGGCUCAGAAAUAAGUCAGGUGUUGGAAGGAGUAUUUCGUGAAAGAGGACCUCCUGAUGAAUUGCUAAUGGAUAACGGAUUGGCAUUCCGCUCUAGCUAUGUCGAACUGCUGUGUAGGAACUGGAAUGUAGUGAGGCGAUAUAGAGCAGCUUAUCGCCCAUCCGGUAAUGGUAUUGUCGAACGUAACCAUCGAACAAUUAAAAGAAUAGCUGCCAGAAGUGCCACGUCACCUCUCCAGGCCGUGUUUUGGUACAAUCUGGCGUCGGAUUGUAGUCGAGAGGAAUCUCCAGCAGAUGCCAUCUUCCGUUACAAAUGGAGACAUCCUUCGGCAAAACCUCGAGAGCCUUCAGAAAAAGGCGUCGAGGAAUGCCCCUUCAAGCCAGGAGAUUCAGUAUUCGUUAAGCCACCCCGAGUAACCUGUACAACCAAAUGGAAGCCUGGUACAGUGACUGGUGUCAUAUCAAGAAACACUGUAGAGGUGGAAGGCACGCCGAGACAUGUGCUUGACAUUCGAAGAGCUCCGAGUACAUACGGGGGAAGAGAUUUUUUGACAACCUCACACAUUGCUUUACCAUCAUCUGCAGCUGAGGACGAGAUAGAUCUCUUUCUUGAUGCGAGGUCAAACCCGAAUGAUUCUAUAGACGCUUAUGUCGAAGUUGAUGAGGAGCAAGAGGAAACAAGCGUUGAGCAAUAUGCUGAAAUUCCUGCCCAGUUUGAUGAGCAACCCAUAGAAAUGAAUGAAGGUCGACCGGCGCGGAACCGACGGCCGCCACAGGCACUGGCAGAUUUUGUUGUAGACAUUAAGUGAUGAGAACAUCAUGGGGGCGUGUGGUGUUUGGCAGCCCUGCACUUUAAUCAGUGACGUGCAGGUUCAGACAGCUCCGACAACGUCAAUCUGUCAAAGCGACAAACCGCAUGAAGGUGAAAUAAACGGGCAUUAGACAGAAGACAACCAAACGGUGUGGUCAUCAUUUCUAUAUCACAAAAAAUAUUACGAUUAGCAUUAAAUUGCUUCAUAAUUAUGCUCAUGUUUGGCUAACAACUUACCCGCUGCCUUAUGUUGUGUUGUUUAUCACACCACUUUCCUAUGCCGGUACAUGCACGUACCGCUUCCGACCGAGCCAGCACACAUUGGGCAGGACUUCUACCACUUUCUUUUGCUAAAAUGGCACUUCUUCUUCUUCUUCUUUGGCUCAACAACCGAUGUCGGUCAAGGCCUGCCUGUACCCACUUGUGGGCUUGGCUUUCAGUGACUAAUUGAUUCCCCCCCCCCAUAGCAGGAUAGUCAGUCCUACGUAUGGCGGCGCGGUCUAUUUGGGGAUUGAACCCAUGAUGGGCAUGUUGUUAAGUCGUACUAGUUGACGACUGUACUACGAGACCGGCUCAAAUGGCACUUACUUACGUAAAAUUAAGAACUUAAUUAUUAAAAAACAUACCGCACUUGAUCAGCCAACAACACUGUUUACGUUUUUUUACACGCACAACCUAACUUCUACAGUGACAGCAGCCGCCGAGCACCAACACAACGAAAGGUGUCAGGCGAGACGUCAGACAAUCUUAGGCGAGGGGUAGGAAGGAGAUUGGUGGUGAGGGACGUGAAAGCUCAGCUCGACAGAAUCGCUAUAGGAGGAAGCGAGGCAACUAGACUAGACUAGAGAAAUUAGAUCGAGAGGUACCUUACCACCCUCUCAACAAUCUCAGAGAGAGUUUGUAUGGAAACCGCCACAGCUUCUUCUCUGCUUGAUCUCUGCUUGAUGGUAUAGGCAGAACCAAGGUGGAUUAAAAAAUAUCAGGUGGUGGACUCUAGUGCAUUUUGACAAUUCGUCACUUGACGUAAGGUCCCCAGGAUUCAAACUUUGUUUACAUUUAUUAAAUUUGUUCAUAUAAUUUAUCUACCCCAUUUUUUCGAUUGAAUACCCGGCAGGCAAUUGACGUUUCAUACUAUGGCGAGGGGUGUUGAAACGCAUGGAAGAGCAGGAAGAAACACGGACGAGCGGUGAUGAACUGCAACUGUGUGCGUGCAACAGCACCAAACGGCAUGUGACGACGUACAGUGUGUGGAUGUGUGUGUGUGUAAUUUUAGGCAGCGAAGAUGGAUCGAGGUUAUGUUUACAAAGUGAAAUAGUUUGAUGCAGAAGCUUCUUUGUGAUAAACAUGUAUUUUAGUUGCAUUUUCAGUGUUAAAGUUUGUUAUGUGAACUUAAAAGUAAUAAUCAAUGGUGCUAUUCACUUGUGUGCUGUUGGUGAAUAUUGAAGCGUUGAAAUAUUGAAGCUUCCUAUGUUAGUUUGUUGUGCUUAGUGUGAAGCAAAAAUGUGUGCUAAAGUGUUAUAAAUUAGAAAUAUUUAUACGUAUCCGUCUAAUGUUCGGUUGUACCCAUCUCAUUUUCAAUAUUUUUUGGUGUCCUUAUCGUUUACCAGGAGAAACAGAUUGGAGGUUAGAUACCUGCAGCUAUUUCGCCUCCGCAGGAAAGUAUGUCGGAAGACACACAAAUCCGAUUCACCUCGUAUGCACCCAGCGGAUUUCAUGCGAAGGAUAUUGGAAAGCCAUCAAAGAAGUGGGCAUGAUGAGCAACAACCGGAUGAGCAUUUCGUUCCAGGUGGAAAUUAUAUCAAGUUUGGGAAUUGAAGAGAGUUACGGCACACUGUGAACAUCGUUGCAAACAAUCGAUGGUAACAUUUAUAUAUAGCUUAUGAAUGCAUGUGUUUAUCUAACUAUUCACUAAAUCGUUUAUUUAUUAAUUUGAGCAUUAGCGCUCCAUCGACGUAUGUUGUUUGUUGUUCUUUUCAGAAAAUUGCUCCAACGGAACAGCUUAUCCCGGCCUUUCUCGGGUUUAGUUGCUGUUGUUUGACCGCGACGAUUGACACCAGAGGUUGCUAUGGUCGUAUUGUCGUCGUGUAAUCGUGUUAUUGCUGUUAACGCACUUUGUUUAUAUCUAUUAUAAAAUCCAAUAAAUUUAGCACACUUGGAUUUUUUGCUUCCUUCGA